AUGUAUAUAAAGAUGGCCACGUUAGCAAACGGACAAGCAGACAAUCCCAGCCUCAGUAGCACCCACACUAACCCCAACCCAAACGGGCACAUGAACGGAUUAAAUCACAGUCCGGGGAACUCCGCCACCAUUCCCAUGAAGGACCACGAUGCCAUCAAGCUGUUCGUUGGACAGAUCCCACGCAACCUGGACGAGAAAGACCUCAAGCCGCUUUUCGAAGAGUUCGGGAAAAUAUACGAACUGACGGUGCUGAAGGACCGCUUCACCGGCAUGCACAAAGGUUGUGCCUUCCUAACGUACUGUGAACGGGAGUCUGCUCUUAAAGCUCAGAGUGCAUUACACGAACAGAAGACUCUUCCAGGGAUGAACAGGCCGAUCCAGGUGAAACCAGCGGACAGCGAAAGCCGAGGAGGUAGAAGCUGUUGUAAACAAAGACCACACCACAGAAAACUUUUUGUGGGCAUGCUCAACAAACAACAGUCAGAAGAUGACGUCCGUCGGUUAUUUGAAGCGUUCGGGAACAUUGAGGAAUGCACGAUACUUCGAGGACCGGAUGGCAACAGCAAAGGGUGUGCUUUUGUGAAAUAUUCCUCGCACGCAGAAGCCCAGGCGGCCAUAAAUGCUUUACACGGAAGCCAGACAAUGCCGGGAGCAUCGUCCAGCCUGGUGGUCAAGUUUGCCGACACGGAUAAAGAGCGCACUAUGCGCCGGAUGCAGCAAAUGGCGGGGCAGAUGGGUAUGUUCAACCCCAUGGCGAUCCAGUUCGGAGCCUACGGCGCUUACGCGCAGGCACUGAUGCAGCAACAGGCUGCCAUCAUGGCCUCCGUGGCCCAAGGCGGCUACCUAAACCCCAUGGCGGCCUUCGCAGCAGCCCAGAUGCAGCAGAUGGCCGCCCUCAACAUCGGGGUGAAUGGUUUCACUGGUCUCCCGCCACAAGCCAAUGGGCAACCUGCAGCAGAAGCCGUCUUUGCCAACGGCAUCCAUCCUUACCCAGCACAAAGUCCAACCACGGCUGAUCCUUUGCAGCAAGCAUACGCCGGAGUACAGCAAUACGCAGGUCCUGCUUAUCCUGCGGCCUACGGUCAGAUAGGCCAAGCCUUCCCACAGCCACCUCCCAUGAUACCACAGCAACAGAGAGAAGGACCAGAGGGCUGCAACCUGUUUAUCUACCAUCUGCCCCAGGAGUUUGGGGACGCAGAGCUGAUGCAGAUGUUCCUGCCAUUCGGUAAUGUCAUCUCCUCGAAAGUGUUUGUGGAUCGGGCGACAAACCAAAGUAAAUGCUUUGGCUUUGUGAGUUUUGACAAUCCUGCUAGCGCCCAAGCGGCCAUCCAGGCCAUGAAUGGCUUCCAGAUUGGGAUGAAGAGGCUGAAGGUCCAGCUGAAAAGGCCAAAGGAUGCUAACCGUCCUUAUUGA